CCUGGCCAAAAAAAUGGUCUUCAACUAGCAAGAAAGUCUCAAGUUUCUAUGUGUGAAUUAGGGUGAUUUUAUUACUGUAUGCAAGGCUUUGAAAUAGCCAUGCAAAAACAGAAGAACUUUUAAGGAAAUACAGAGAAGUUCCUUAUUCUCUUUCCUUUCACAAUCUCAGCCCUAGGCAUAACCAAGACCCCAAACUGGGUGUGUAAGCACUCCUGACUCUUCACUGUGCACUGGUGUGGGCUGUUAACAAACAAGGAUAAUAAGGGUGCUAUUUGUCUUAAUGUCUAUUAGAAUCUGAUACACAGGAGCAGAAUGACUGAGGAUGUGUACCAGACUCUACACCAGCCUCCUUUAGUGAGGAACACACGCACAGCACGUGAUCCUCCACGUUUGUCCAUCUGUCCUACAGGAUCACUGGUGGGCAACAAACUACAGAUGAUAUUGUUGAUCUGCAACAGUCUCUUACUGAUCAUCAUACUCAUUCAAAACGUAAUUCACACUUCAAAGUAUCAGCAAAGUAAUGGAGAGCAGAUAAACUGGACAGUGCCAAUCUGUCCAGGAUUGGUGUGUGAAAGCAGACAAGGGAGCACGUAUUCAGAUCUCCAUGAAGUUAUGCUGCACUGUCCUCGUGGUCCUCCUGGCCCUGUGGGCAUUCCUGGACGGGGCGGUCUUCCAGGUAUUCCUGGUUCUCGCGGUCCUCCUGGCACUGUGGGCCUUCCCGGACCUCCCGGACCUCCCGGACCUCCCGGACCUCCCGGCAAUCCCGGCAAUCCUGGUUCUCCUGUCGGACCAGAACUUCCCUCAUAGCUCAGCUUCACGUCAAAAGGAGCCACCAACAGCAAAGAAUGUUGCCUAAUGUUACAUCAGAAGCCAUUACUUAACUUAGCUAAAAUGUUUCCAUGUAGCCAGCUUGUUAACUUAUUUAAAUGUCUCUAUCUAUAAAUUAAAAUCAGGAAAUGGCCAAAAUUGAUGUUGCUAUUUGUUUUUG